CCUAACAAGCAAUGCCAAAAGGCUGUCCUUUUAGGCCUGUCCUUGUCGCCCCCGGCUCACAGAUUCCUCCGCCCAUAGCCACUGAAAUCAUCUUGAUAAUCAUCACCCACUUCAACACAGCCCGUGAUCUGGAUUUCUAGUUUCCUCCGCUUCCUUCCUUACCUUCCUUUCCUCCCUAACCUUGGAAAGAAAACCAUGCAAGUGCUCAUCAUCUUGAUCUCCCUGUUCCUGUUCCUCUUCCUGUCCCUUGCCAGGCUCUGGUACAAGCUAUGGUGGAACCCUCUCAGGAUACAGAGGAUAAUGAACGAGCAGGGAAUCAGGGGUCCCCCUUACAAGUUCGUCCAUGGAAACACCAAGGAAUCAUUCAAGAUGUCCAUGCAGGUCAGGGACACACCCAUGAGCAAUCUCUGUCAUGACAUAUUCCCCAAGAUUCAGCCUGAAAUCCACGCAUGGACCAAAGCAUACGGGCGAAAUUACUUAAGUUGGCAUGGGACUCAAGCUCAGCUGGUCAUCACAGAGCCAGAACUAAUCAAAGAGGUGCUGGUUAAUCGAGAGAAGACAUACCCCAAACCACCACCUCAGGACUUUGUCAAGCAGCUUUUAGGGGAUGGGCUUGUGACCACCAAUAAUGAAGACAAAUGGGCAAAACAGCGUAGACUCGCCAAUUACAUUUUCCAUGGGGAGAGCUUGAAGAAUAUGGUUCCGGUGAUGGUGGAGACUGUUCACGAGAUGCUAGCAAGGUGGAAGCAUCAGGAAGGGAAAGAGAUUGAGGUGUUCGAAGAUUUUAAGAUAUUCACAUGCGAAGUGAUUUCGAAAACUGCAUUCGGAAGCAGCUACGUCGAGGGCAGGAGUAUUUUCCAGAUGUUGACAGACUUGGGAAUGUUAUUAACCAGAAACGUGCCUCAUGUAAGGUUCCCAGGACUAAGUAAGUUGUGGAAGACAGCGGAUGAAAUCGAAGCAGAGAAGCUCGAGAAAAGCAUAUUUGACGCUAUACUGGGGAUGAUCAAGAAAAGGGAAGAGAAGGUGAAGGCCGGCGAGGCAGCUGACUUUGGGAAUGAUUUCCUUGGACAGCUGGUGAAGGCUUCUCGUGGCACGGAUGACAGCAAGAAAAUCACAAUCGAAGAUCUGGUGGACGAAUGCAAGACAUUCUACCUUGCCGGACAAGAAACCACGAAUUCGUUGAUCGCAUGGGUCGUGUUCCUCCUAGCGACUCACCCUGAUUGGCAAGAGGAAGCGAGAAAGGAGGUUCUCCAUGUGUUCAGGAACAAUGAUCCCGACGCUGAGGGUAUUACAAGAUUAAAGACGCUUAGCAUGAUCAUAAAUGAAACUCUGCGGCUAUACCCUCCUGUCAUUGGGAUGUCUAGGCAAGUUGACCGGCAACUCAGGUUGGGAAAACUUGUUCUUCCCGCAGGUAUCAAGAUCGGGAUAGGAAAUCUCAAGCUUCACCAUGACCCUGAAAUCUGGGGAGAAGACGUGCAUCUCUUCAAGCCGGAGCGGUUCGCAGAAGGCAUCGCCAAAGCCACCAACAACAACCCGGUCGUGUUCACCCCCUUCAGCUUCGGGCCCCGAAUCUGCGCAGGCAUGAACUUUGCGACGCAUGAGGUGAAGAUCAUCAUCUCGAUGAUUCUACAACGCUACGCUUUCAAACUGUCCCCUGCGUACGUCCACUGCCCGGUCCCAGUCCUCACGAUCCGCCCCAAACUUGGACUUCAAGUUAUUAUUCAACCAUUGUAGCUCGGUUCACCGGGCAUAUGAAUAACGUCUAAGUUGUGGAAUGAUGUCCACCGAUGCCUGCAUAAUUCUACGCCUCGUGUUGUACUUCUAGGAUUUGUCAAACAUUAAAAGGGGAGCUCGGAGAUGCUGACGAUGAGCGUAUCAUCCUCGUUAAUCAGCAUAAAAAUGUUUUGGUUUGGUGCAUCCUUUAUUUACUGUGUA